GUUCUUAUAAAAUUAUAUAAAGCUAGAUUUUUUAUUAAAAUGUUAAAAUAUAAAUUUAUUGUCUUUAAGACUAAGUUUUUAAACUUAAUUAUAAACAGUAAUAAAUUUUCUAUAAAUCAAGAAAAAAUUAAGAUAAGAUUAUUAUUAAAUAAUUUAUUCUAG